ACUAAAUUUCAUCUCUCGGCACAUCACUCUUAAUUAUUAAUUAGUAUAUUCUACUUUUAGGAUGAAAGCUUUUGUACUGCUAAUAAUUGCUAUUACUGCAGUUUAUUCGUUAGAAACUGGAAAAUUAUGGAAGGAAUAUAAGGUGAAUUUCCAAAAAAAAUAUACAAAUGAACAAGAAGAAAAUAGACGAUUUAAAAUAUUCCAAGAAAAAAUUCGCGAAAUCCAAAAGCACAAUGAUAGAUACAAUAAGGGAGAGGUUUCUUAUUAUAUGGGACUAAAUCAAUUUUCAGAUUUAACUCACGAAGAAUUCGUAAAACUAUUAAAUUUAAGAAAAAAAAUUUCAUUGGAUUUACCAAAGACAUCUUUUAAAAUUCCAGUGGGUGCUGACAUACCUGAUUCAAUAGAUUGGAGAGAGAAAAAUGUUGUGUCUGAAGUUAAAAAUCAAGACGGUUGUUUGUCAUGUUGGGCGUUUAGUACAACAGGAGCUCUUGAAGGACAGUUUGCUUUAAAAUACAAUAAAUUAGUCUCACUUAGUGAACAAAAUCUUUUGGAUUGUUCAGAUGAUUAUGGUAAUGGUAAUUGCGUUCAAGGAGGAAUUAUGAGGUAUGCUUUUAAAUAUGUAAAAGAUUAUGGAAUAAACAGUGAGGAAGAUUAUCCUUAUGAAGCUGAACAAAAAGAAUGUAGGUACAACACGAGUCAAAGUAUUCUACAUAUUAGUGGAUAUGAAGUAAUAGAAAGAAAUGAGGAGGCUCUAAAAUAUGCAGUAGCAUUGAAUGGUCCAAUAUCAGUUGCAAUAGAUGUCACUUAUGCUGGAAGUUAUUCUGGAGGAAUUUACAGUGACGCCAGUUGCGGUAACCAAGACGAAAACCUAAAUCACGGAGUAUUAGUAGUAGGUUAUGGUACUGAAAACGGAUUGGAUUAUUGGAUCGUUAAAAAUUCUUGGAGUGAUCAAUUUGGUGAAAAGGGGUACAUCAGAAUGCAAAGAAACGCAAAUAAUUUGUGCGGUAUCGUUAAUGAUGCAUCCAGACCAUUAGUAAUUUAAUUUCAUAUAAAUCAUAUAUUUUUAUGGUAAUAUAUUAAAAUAAACUUCUUUUCUGUUUCUGUUUUUAUUAUAGACCCGUAUACCGAGUGAUAAAGGAUUUAAUUGCAAUCAAAGUUAUAUGUAUAAAUUAUUUAAAAUAAACAUUUAGAGAGUAAUUUUAAGAAU